GAGCAGCGAGGCGAGCCGGGCCGGGCCGGGCCGGGGCGGCCAUGGUGAACACCCGGAAGAGCGCUCUGCGCCUCCUGGGCGGGAAGGCGGCCGGGCCCGGGGCCGGAGGGGCCGGCGGGGGGGCCGGCGGCGCAGCCGGGCCCGGAGGCGGGCACUUCAUCUCGUCCCGCACGCGCUCCUCCAAGAGCCGCGCGGCCGGGGCCAAGGCGGGGGCGGCCGGAGCCGGCAGCGGGGGCACCGAGCUGGACGACGCCCGGAAUGUUGAUGCCGAUGGCAGCUUGAGUGAUAGUCACAUAUCCCCGCCCGCCAAGCGCACUCUGAAGCUCACCGAUGCUCUCUGCAAGGAGAAAUCCAAACCUCGCAGUCCUGGCCAGCGGGAGGAAUGGAGUCUUGCGGCUGGCCAGUCCAGGUUAACUUCUCAGCCUGGUGCUACGAUACCCAACGGACACAGUAGCUUAUCUCUUCGAAGCCAUCCCCUCCGAGGGGAAAAGAAGGGAGACGGGGACCGUCCUUGUAUGAAUGGGGAUAUGGAAGUCAGGAAAAGCUGCCGCUCCAGGAAAAACAGAUUCGAGAGCGUGAAUCAGAGCCUGUUAUUUGAUCAGCUCGUCAACAGCACUGCUGAGGCCGUCCUGCAGGAAAUGGACAACAUCAACAUCCGGAGGAACAGACGGUCUGGGGAGGUGGAGAGGCUUCGUAUGUGGACCGACACAGAGUUUGAAAACAUGGACAUGUAUUCAAGAGUCAAGAGGCGAAGGAAGUCCCUGAGAAGGAACAGCUAUGGCAUCCAGAACCACCACGAGGUGUCUACUGAGGGCGAAGAAGAAGAGUCUCAAGAGGAGGACGGGGACAUCGAGGUGGAGGAGGCUGAAGGCGAGGAGAACGACCGCCCCUAUAACCUGAGGCAGAGGAAGACUGUGGAGAGGUACCAGGCCCCGCCCAUAGUUCCAGUUCAUCAGAAAAAGAGGGAGACCGCUCUGUUUGACAUCCACAGGUCCCCUGCCCGAAGAAGCCAUAUCAGGAGAAAGAAGCACGCCAUUCACAGCAGUGACACGACCUCCUCUGACGAAGAACGCUUCGAGAGAAGGAAGUCCAAGAGCAUGGCCAGGGCUAGGAACAGGUGUUUGCCAAUGAACUUUAGAGCAGAAGAUUUAGCCAGCGGCAUUCUGCGAGAACGCGUCAAAGUUGGUGCCAGCUUGGCAGAUGUGGACCCAAUGAUACUUGACAAAUCGGUGCGUUUCGAUAGUAUUGGAGGACUGAGCCAUCACAUUCAUGCACUGAAAGAGAUGGUCGUCUUCCCACUUCUGUAUCCAGAAAUUUUUGAAAAAUUCAAAAUUCAGCCUCCGAGGGGCUGCUUGUUUUAUGGUCCCCCUGGCACUGGUAAGACCUUGGUCGCCAGAGCGCUGGCCAACGAGUGCAGCCAGGGAGACAAGAAGGUGGCUUUCUUCAUGCGCAAAGGAGCCGACUGUCUGAGCAAGUGGGUUGGGGAGUCCGAGCGGCAGCUUCGUCUGCUUUUUGACCAGGCCUACUUGAUGAGACCCUCGAUAAUAUUUUUUGAUGAGAUCGAUGGGUUGGCUCCAGUUCGCUCUAGCAGACAGGACCAGAUCCACAGCUCCAUCGUAUCUACUCUGCUCGCUCUCAUGGACGGACUAGAUAACAGAGGGGAAAUUGUCGUUAUUGGUGCUACCAACAGACUGGACUCCAUCGACCCCGCGCUCAGGAGACCUGGCCGCUUUGACCGGGAAUUCCUUUUUAACCUGCCUGAUCAAAAGGCCCGGAAGCACAUUUUGCAGAUCCAUACCCGGGACUGGAGCCCCAGACUGUCGGACCUCUUCCUUGGCGAGCUGGCUGAGAAAUGUGUCGGCUACUGCGGAGCGGACAUCAAGGCCCUGUGCACGGAGGCCGCCCUGCUCGCCCUGCGCAGGCGCUACCCGCAGAUCUACGCCAGCAGCCAUAAGUUGCAGCUGGAUGUGUCCUCCAUCGUGCUCAGUGCGCAGGACUUCCACCACGCCAUGCAGAACAUCGUGCCUGCCUCCCAACGUGCCGUCACCUCCUCGGGCCACGCCCUGUCGCCCAUUAUCAGGCCUCUUCUGGAGAGGAGCUUCAACCACAUCCUCUCUGUUCUGCAGAGAGUCUUUCCUCACGCCGAGGCCAGCCAGGGGGACAGACGAGAAGAUGUGCAGAGCCUCCUUUUAGACGACAGUGACGAUGAGAACGUGUUGUCGAUAUUUGAGACGGGCUGUCCCUCCGGAUCACCAAAGAAACCGUCCCCAGCUGCUGCCCACAAGCCCUACCUGCAUUUCAGCACGUCAGCUUCUCAGCAGCCUACGUCCUACAGGCCCCGCUUGCUGCUUUCUGGAGAGAGGGGCUCAGGGCAGACUUCGCACCUGGCCCCUGCCCUGCUGCACACUCUCGAAAAGUUCUCUGUGCACAGACUUGACCUCCCUGCACUUUAUUCAGUCAGUGCCAAAACACCCGAGGAGUCGUGUGCCCAGAUCUUCCGUGAAGCACGGAGAACAGUCCCAAGCAUCGUUUACAUGCCUCAUAUCGGCGACUGGUGGGAAGCCGUCAGCGAGACUGUGAGAGCGACGUUUCUGACCCUGCUGCAGGACAUACCAUCCUUCUCCCCUAUCUUUCUCCUCUCUACCUCUGAGACCAUGUACAGCGAGCUGCCUGAGGAGGUUAAAUGUAUAUUUAGAAUCCAGUAUGAAGAGGUCUUGUAUAUUCAAAGGCCCAUUGAAGAAGACAGACUGAAGUUUUUCCAGGAGUUGAUUCUCAACCAGGCAUCGAUGCCGCCGCCAAGAAGGAAAAAAACUGCUCUGUACGCUAUGGAGGUCCUGCCUCUGGCGCUACCUUCUCCAUCCCGCCAGUUGUCAGAAUCGGAGAAAACCCGAAUGGAGGACCAGGAGGAGAACACCUUGCGAGAGCUGCGGCUGUUUCUCAGGGACGUGACCAAGAGGCUGGCCACAGACAAGCGCUUUAGCAUCUUCAGCAAACCGGUGGAUAUUGAAGAGGUGUCUGAUUAUCUGGAGGUGAUCAAGGAGCCCAUGGACUUAUCCACAGUCAUUACCAGGAUUGAUAAACACAACUAUCUAACCGCUAAGGACUUCCUGAACGACAUUGAUCUCAUCUGCAACAACGCGUUAGAGUACAACCCCGACAAAGACCCUGGAGAUAAAAUCAUCAGGCACCGGGCUUGCACUUUGAAGGACACUGCGCAUGCCAUCAUCGCUGCGGAACUUGACCCGGAAUUUAACAAACUUUGUGAAGAAAUCAAGGAAUCCAGAAGGAAAAGAGGUUUACCGGUGACCACAGAACAAGUCAGUCCCCCUGGCUCUGCGGCACGCAGGGCGGAAACGAGAACGGAGGAGGCAUUCCGCAGUAAACAGAGACACGCUAUGGAUGUCUGGCACCACCCCGCAAACAAAUGUGCCUUCCGGGUCCGGAGGAAGUCGAGGCGGCGCUCCCAGUGGGGCAAGGGCAUCAUCAAGAAGAGGAAGGCCAACAACUUGAAAAAAGACGAGGCUGACUACGACAGCCCGCCCGCGGGCAGGAAGCUGCUUGAGAAUGGCGAGUUCGAAGUCAGCCCAGACUGCCCUGAGGAGAACGGAGAGGAGAACGGGGACCUGUCCAUGACCAACGACGAGUCGUCCUGCGACGUCAUGGACCUGGAGCCGGAGCCGCGGCUCGACAACGGGCCCCGGGCCUCCACUGAGGAGGAGAGCUCCAACGAGUCCCUGCCGGCCAACAGCAGCGGCCUUGUGCUGAAGCCGCAGCAGGGGCCCAAGGAGGAGCCCCUUCCCCGAGUGGGGGGCUGCCUCAAUGGUGAGGCCGCCGUCGACAGCCCAGAGAGUCCCCGAGGCCCAUCUGGCUCCGCUGCCGACACCACCCUUCCGGAGCUCCACACUCCUCUAGAGGAUCGCACGAAAGAGAAAACAGAGACUCCCCAGCACGGUCCCAGCGGGGAUGCUGAGAAGCGACUCAGUCCCGAGGGCCCCCCGAGUCUCAGUGAUGAGAGGGCCGAGCACAGCACAGACCUCGAGGGGAAGGAGUCGGAGCCCGAUAAAGAAGGUGCUGCUCGGGGCAAGAGGUACCGUAAGCUGGUCUUGGAGCCAUCCCGCACAGCGAGCCUGGACCUGGUGCCGGAGGAGCCCUUGGAGCCCGUGCCCGCCCUGGUAGUGGACCACGAGCGGCUGAAGAAGCUGCUGGAUUUGCUGGUCAAGAGAAGCAACAACUUGGCCGUGGAUCAGCUGGAGAGGUUGUACUCCCUGCUCAGUCAGUGCAUCUACCGACAUCGCAAAGACUACGACAAGUCCCGACUCGUGGAGGAGAUGGAAAGAACUGUCCAUCUGUUUGAGACGUUCCUCUGAGCUCGCUCCCCUGCUCUCCUCUCUUUCUCCACGCUGCUCGUGAGGACGGGCAGGCGGGCGGGCGGGCAGCCUUCUCUGAGCCAUUCACUUCGUGAUUGCACCAAGCCUGUGUGGAGCCUCGGUCCGGGCCAAAGGGCUCGCUCCCCUUUCCCUCUGUUGCAUUUGGUGCUAUUGUCUCAGGUACCUGAAACCAGCCAGCCUACAAGAACCAAACCGAACUUCAGGCACAUGUUGUAUUUCCACAGACUGAACACAACGUCACCGUGUGGAGACUUUGGUGCUACAGAAAUUGUUCUCCCUCUGCUUCACCUCCGGUGGGCAGGCCAGCUGACGUGAGAAAGCGGGAUGGGGGCAGUUCCAGCCACGUGGGGUUCUGGGAACAGUGGGCAGCCGUGGGUCUUGUCUCCCCCUCCCCGUCUUCUCGCCCUUUGCUUCUCUUACCGCAUUGGCUACAGUGUGUUCUGGUGGGACGCUGGGGAACAGGAUGUGAUGAGGAGAGGAGGCUCUCUCGGACUGCUUUUAAUGUGCCUUUUAAUUCAUUGGAGAAAGAUAAGGCUACAGACGGGGAGGGGGGGGGGGGUUGUAGCAGAUGACUGCGAGAGCUUCAAGGAAGGAUGGCCGACACAUCUUCCCCCCCCCCCCCCCUCGGGUGGCCAUCAGAGGAAGCUGCCGAUUGACCAAAAUGGUGACCACUUUUUCCUGUAGGGUCUCUUGCUUUUCUAGAAAUAUCACAUUGGAAAGACAAAGCAAAACAAAACCUUUUCUGCAUUCAUUGCUGACCAUGCUGACCAGAGCAUAAUCAGCGCGGGCCUCCCUGUGUUCUCUCCAUGAUGUCUUUAUCAAUUGUCCAUGAUGAGUGAAUUCAGGCCCCCCUUUUAAAGCCAGGACUUGCCAAGUGACCAGAGAAAAGAGGGAAUUGGUCUGCAGGGCGUGUUGUGUGUAUCAUCCGUGUCCUUCCUGCCCCCUCCCCCGUUCUCUGUAUGUCUCCAUUGCACGGAGGCUCUGAUGGCGCAGUCCAGGCACAAACAGUAUUAGUCAGAAAUCUAUUCUCCCAUCUUUCCCCCUGUGUUGUUCUCCUCCCCCCCCCCCAAAAAAAAAAAAGUUAUUAAUUUGGACCCAUUUUGGGUCUGUCAUUCACAAAUCGGUAUGGAUUCUAGCUCUUGAGAGGUGAAUUGUGGGUCAGGAGCUCUAGAAGUUGGACACAACCCUGGCUCUCCCCAAAAGGCAGGUGCCCCACUGCCUGUUUCUCUGAGGUAGUCAGGGACGUGCCCAGACCAGCUGCCCAGGAUCACCUCCUUCUCCAUCAGCAUCACUCACCCACAGGUGCAUCUUUCCCAUAUAUGCAACACACGGCGUGUUUGGGCUUCAUUUGCGUAGUCUGAGACUACUGCGGAGGUGUGGGGCGACCUCAGCUUUUUGUAUUUAUGACCACCAGUGUUUACAAAGCCCUGUGAGCUUUUGAGCACCGUGGCCACAGCCGUCAGUGCCCACAGGAGCUCAGGCUAAGGUCCUCGCUCCUCUGCUGUCCGUCCCUGCUGCGUGGAGCUGUUGGUGUGGACGGACGCAAGAGGUGGCUCCCUCGCGCCUCGCUUUCCCUUUUUAAAAUGCCACUUGUUCCCUUAAUCCCUAUUCCUAAGAGACUUUGACUUUGUAGCAUUCAUCGCUCGAGAUGCGUCCCAUGUCCAAGCACUGUAUUUUGUAGGUGGGCAAGUGCGAUUAAAAAUCAAACCUUUGAAAAGCGGGGUUUCUGGGGUAGCUCCCAUUUGAUUCCCAGGAGGAUUUUCAUGCUUUCUUUAGUAUUUAUUACCAUCAUACCUGUUCCAAAUAUUUUACUGUCUAAUACAUUAACAUUUUGUAUUUUGAUGAAAAUUGUUACAGACUUUGAAGAUUUGAUGAAAUAAAAUGUAGCAGAUUUUUGUAGCAAGUUUCUGGUAAAAGGGUUUUUGGCAAGUCUCAGGUUCUUGCUGCAGUAUUUUUUUUAAUCUUGAUUCCUGUUUCACUAAUUCAGAAGCAUUCUGUUCUAGUAACGGCCAAGCUUGUGAAUGGCAGAACUUCAGGCUUUCAGUGAGUUCCUCAGUUUGUACGGACCAGAUUCUAGCCAUCAGUGAGUUUGUUGAGGGAUUUUAGGGUGCUUCCGAAAGAUCAAGUUGGUUUGUUGGUUUGUUGUUUUCACCUUAAUCUAACCCUUAUAUGUGGAUGGAGAAACGGGGGCGAGGACAGCAGCCUGGGAGCGGCCACUUGAGCAGAAGUGGUCUUUGUCACUGAAGCCCCACGGCGUGCUAUGUUUCCGUCACAGACGCUGAAUAGUUCAGUGAAAAGUGGCUGGCAGAGUUUGCCAAGAGUGUUCACUGUGGCUUACUUAAUGUGAGCUUGGUCUUCACUGCGUAGCAUCUGGCGAAGACUCUGAAAAUUGACCUCUGCUCUUGCUUCCUCUUGUGAAAAUUGCAAACGAUCAGCUAGCUCUUGGGUCUGUCUAGCGGGUGGCCCAGGGCAGCCGCCCCACCUGGUCACUCCUGGUGAUGCAGGAGCUGAUGGCCAGGGACCUCACCUGGCGUUAAUUCGGGUUGUUGUGUCCUUUGUAUGUUACUUGAUUUUUUUUUUUUCUCAUAUGCCAAUGUAUUUAUAGGUUGACUGGGUUUCUUUGGGGGGUGGGGUGGGGUGGGUCGUGGUAAUACCUUGUCUUCCCAUUCCUUGGUUAAGUUUUCCGUGAAUCAGCCGUGGAACCAUCCAGUCGGUAUCUUCAGUGUCGGGUUCUGUAGCUGGAUACAGUUGUCAUCAUUAUAAGUAUAAUUCUUAUUUGUAAUCACAAAGUAAGCUUGAAUUUGGGCUUGUACCUGCAUCUUUUGUAUUUUAUACGUUUGGUUAUUUAGACUUUGGGCGUCCUGUUGUUCAGUUUUGUUCCUGUUCUGUCUACUUGGAGAAUUAAGUAGACAUCAUCCGUGAUGGUCUCUUUGGGAUUCUGUAGCUCGAUUUGGAAUUGUGUUAAAUUGAUGUUUUUGCAUUUUGACUUCAUUUUGCAUUAGUUUGAAGUAAAUUAUUUAAUUUUUUUGGACUUCUGGAAUUUUUGAACAUUUACUGUAAUUUGUAAUAUACCUGCUGUGAAAUACUUGAAUAAAGAGGACAAG